GUCGAAAACCGUCUUUUUAAAAUACCUUCGCAUUAUUUCGUGCAGCAUUCCGAGAUAUUCGGUACUACCUUUGACCUACCCCAGGGAAGUCAAAGUCCAGAGGGGCUCAGCGACGAGUUACCUCUGGUGUUGCAUGGAAUCAGUGCCGAAGAUUUUGGGCAUCUCCUAGAGAUCGUAUACCCUCAAAAGGUCCCUCAGGACUAUUCUGCAUUCCGCAAACAGGAGUGGAUCUCAGUGCUAAGGCUGUCUACAAUGUGGCACCUCUCUGACAUUCGCCAGCUGACUAUCAAACAUCUCCAAGAAAUGGUACUGGACCCCGUAGAGCACGUUGUCCUCGCGAAGUCAUACUCUGUUUCCUCGUGGCUCCGUACCGGUUAUCUCGGCCUCGUGAAGCGGACGCAGCCACUUUCAUUAGAGGAGGCUGAAAAGAUCGGGUUCCAAUCAGCUAUACAGAUCUUCCAAGUGCGAGAGGAA